AAUGAUGUCUGGGACCGUAACAUUUAUAAAUGCGCAUAAGACCCUAAUAGAGAGGAUAGAGAGCGACCCACCCUGCAAAUCAAAGAGAUUAAUGCAACCAAAGUGAAAAUCCAAAAUUAAUACUAAACAAAAAUACCACUAAAUUAUAAAAUGACAAAAACAGAAAAAAAAAAAAUACACAUACCAAAGAGAAAAAGCAAGAAAAGGCAAAAACCUUCUUUAUAAAUCGUGAAUAAAUAAUAGAUGCUUAAUUAAUUGUAGCUACCAUAACUAGCGUCAGUUCAUUUCUGCUAAACAAAACACACACGCAAACGAAUUAAAAGGGAAAACAUCGGAGGAGUGUGUCGCGAAUCUAAUGAAACCGCUUUGGAAACAAUAGCCAUUUUUGUUUGAAUAUACGCAUUGCAUUGUAGUAUUUAGGCGAAAAAGAAGAGCAACUUUAUUUCAAGUGAGUGAGUGAGAGAGACUGAGAGAGUGAAUUAUGCAAAGAUCCCCUUCCACACCGCAGAAUAGGGAUUUGGAUAUUUUAAAUUGAAGUGAAAUUGGGUUAGAAAAGCGACAUGAGCUGCUUCUCGUGCUUUGUUUCUCGCGCCAAAGAUGCCAGCAGAGUCGAAAUUGACACUGGUUCUCGAUCUGCUUCCUCAGGCUCUGGUGGAGGGAAAUACACUGCUGCUACUGAGAGUGAAAGGAGGAAGAAGGAAUCGUAUUCGGAGGGGAAGGGGAAGAGUACGAGUAAUGGGAAAAGCAGCACGGCGGCGGCGAGCUUUGGAUUCCGAGAGCUGGCGGCGGCAACACGGGGUUUCAACCAAGUCAAUUUGAUCGGUGAGGGCGGUUUCGGACGCGUUUACAAGGGUCGCCUCUCUACUGGCCAGGUUGUUGCCAUAAAGCAGUUAAGUCAUGAUGGUCAUCAGGGCUUUCAGGAAUUUGUGAUGGAGGUUCUUAUGUUAAGCCUUCUUCACCAUUCUAACCUUGUCAGGCUCAUAGGUUAUUGCACCGAUGGAGAUCAAAGGCUUUUAGUUUAUGAGUAUAUGCCUAUGGGUUGCCUUGAAGAUCAUCUCUUUGAUCCUCCCCAAGACAAAGAACCACUAAGUUGGAGUACGCGGAUGAAGAUUGCUGUUGGGGCUGCCCGAGGUCUUGAGUAUCUUCAUUGUAGAGCUGAUCCGCCAGUUAUUUAUCAAGACUUGAAGUCUGCAAAUAUCUUAUUAGACAAUGAAUUCAAUCCCAAACUGUCAGAUUUUGGGCUUGCAAAACUUGGACCUGUUGGAGACAAUACCCAUGUUUCAACAAGGGUGAUGGGAACAUAUGGCUACUGUGCACCAGAAUAUGCCAUGAGUGGCAAAUUAACACUUAAAUCUGAUAUAUACAGCUUUGUCGUGGUUUUGUUGGAGUUGAUCACUGGGCGUAGGGCAAUAGAUAGUAGCAGAAGACCAGCGGAGCAAAACUUAAUUUCAUGGUUUCUAUAUGGCAAAAAGUGAAAAAAGCCUUGAAAAAAAAUAGAGUAUGCUUCAGCAUAAAGGAACUGACAUGGUGAAUUAGGUUGAUUCCUGCCGUUAACAUGCAAAUUUGUCUUUAGCUUAAUAGAUGGAUGUAUCUGUAUUCUUCCGUUUCAUAUGUGAAAUUACUUCUUUAACA